AAAGAUCACAUGGCUUCACCUUGACUGACAACCACCCAGUCCCUCCUCCUGGGGAAAUCCUGCUUCUCGAUGGUUUACCAUUUAAACGCUCUGCUGCUUUCACUCACUUUGUAAGAGGCUCAUAAAGCGCGUCAUGGCAGCUGCUCCAGACGCACCCUGCCUGUCAGAGCUUGGCGGACUCCCCAACAGGAACAUCAGCCUCAUCGCUGGCACCCGACCCUGCAACCGGAGCACCGUCAGGACGUCGCCUUACUCCCCGCAAGCCACCGCGGCUUUUGCCAUCGCCAUCACCUUCAUGAUGAUCCUGACCAUCGUCGGGAACAUCCUGGUCAUCAUUGCCGUCCUGACGUCGCGGUCCCUGAAGGGGGCUCAGAACCUCUUCCUGGUGUCACUGGCUGCAGCAGAUAUUUUAGUGGCCACACUUAUUAUUCCCUUCUCGUUGGCUAAUGAGCUGCAGGGCUACUGGGCGUUUAGCUCCAUUUGGUGUGAAAUCUACCUGGCGCUGGAUGUUCUCUUCUGCACCUCGUCCAUCGUGCACCUGUGCGCAAUAGCUCUGGACCGCUACCUGUCGAUCUCUCGACCCGUAUCGUAUGGCGCCAAGCGCACUCCCAUGCGUAUCAAGGCGGCCAUUAUCGUCGUCUGGCUGAUCUCCGCUGUCAUCUCCUUCCCUCCUCUUCUCACCCUGGACAAGAGCGAAGGAGGUGAAGAGGCGUGUGAACUAAACAACGAACGCUGGUAUAUUCUGUACUCCACCAUUGGCUCGUUCUUCGCCCCCUGUGUAAUAAUGAUUCUGGUGUAUGUGAGGAUUUAUCAGAUCGCGAAGCAGCAUACGCGCUGCCCACCCGGACAGAAGCAUAAAGCGGCGACCACAGGAAAUGCCUGCAUGGCAACGGGAGACCUUCCUGCGAAGUUAUCCAAGCAGUCGCAGCAGAACGGGGAUCAAGGAGGUACGACUGCCGGCCAACAAGAAAAAGUCCUGACCAAAAUGUCUGGCUCGGGUUCAACCCCGUCAUCACAUCGAAACCCGCCUGAGGACACCACGAACCAGGACACUCAGCACUACCCUCCAAAUUCGAGUACAGCUCUAGUCCAAAAAUCUGUCUCCUCCCCCUCAAUCCCCCAACACGAAAGCCAAAUCCUCUCAGCUGUUCCCCUCAAAGAGUCCCAGCCUCCUCCUGAUGGAGAGGGUGAAGCGCUUCCAGACAACACCUCCAGCUCUGGCUCUGAGCUGGAGUUGGGCGAGGAGGGUGUCCUCAGAGCGGAUGGCAAAGAUGAGACGAACCAGACUGACAAGCAAACUUUGUCCCAAAGCAAAGGGUUCAAAGUUCAGGUGUUAAACUUGGCCAGCAGAUACAAAAACACUAUGGCCACAUCAUCAGGCACCAAACUGGUACCCGAGGAAACACCUAAGAUCCAGGGGACGCCCAUAUCACGGCGCAAGGCCAUGGUGAACAGGGAGAAGAGGUUCACCUUUGUGUUGGCUGUAGUGAUGGGAGUGUUUGUGAUCUGCUGGUUCCCCUUCUUCUUCUCUUAUUCUCUGCAGGCUGUGUGCCCCGAGACCUGCAGCAUCCCAAACCCCUUGUUUAAAUUCUUUUUUUGGAUUGGCUACUGCAACUCCUGCCUCAACCCGGUCAUAUACACCAUCUUCAACAAUGACUUCAGGAAGGCCUUCAAGAGGAUACUGUGUCGGGACACAAAGGGGACUUUCUUCUAGAAAGGAACGUAUUAUUAAGUUUUGAACUACAG